AUGAUGCGACGUCUCUUCACAUCUCUCGGAUUGCUUUCUUGUUGUGCCCAGCGCUCUGUGGCUUCGUACCCGACGCCCGGCAUGUCCCGCGGUAUGGAUAAGACAAACCGCAAGAAAUACAAUUUCCUCAACAAUGAGCGAAUGGUGGAAAAAGAAAAAGGAUUACGCAACCGCAGGGAAAUUCGUAGACGUGAUGAUGUUAAUUGGCAUCGUCGUGUAAGUUAUCGUGAGACGGUAAAUCAUGCUGUUGUGAAAUAUAUUCGCUACUUUCCAGAGAAUGUGAAACGGUAUGUUUUCUAUAAAGAUGUACGGGAAAGAAAUGGCGGAACACGAUUUCACGGUAUGCGAAAAGCACCAGGAGUGACAUCACGUCGUAUUCUUCAUUGGGUGGAAAAUGAAAUUCUAAAGCCUGAGAAUCGAGAGCAUCUCAUAGAAUUAAUUAAGAGUACAGGUGAAACACCCCCAACAGAAGAAGAGUGGGCACGUUAUACAGAUAAAAAAACGGGUGAGAUAAUGAUCAGUUUAUAUUUUCACAAAAGGGUAGAAGGUCAUUUGCGUUCCUUUUGUGUACGACCACCUAAUAAAAGAGAUCAUUGGAGAGAUUUUAAUGCUUUUUUGAUGGCAAACCGUAACAACUUUGAUAUCUGUUUACCAAUGCGCACAUGGUCACUACGACAAGGUCCUAUUCGAGAUGAUGAACUCAUUGAACGUAGUUCACAGAAAGAGGUACGUGAUAUAUUGGGUGAACUCGAAAGGUAUCAACUCCCGCAUGCUUUACGUGCCUUUGAGCAACUCACACCAGCGGAACGUGAAGUGAUAGUUCAGAAAGCAGAAGAAAAUAGAGAGGCACUACACCGUGAGUAUGAACGUGAGCGUCUCUUUAGUGCUAAAGUGAUGUGUGGUGUAACCGCGCUAAAAGAGAUACGUGCCCUCACCUUUCCUGCGAUUACAUAUUAUAAUGAAGAAUACUAUAAGUAUGUUAUUCGUCGUGGUGGAUCUGUAGAUGCGACUUUACGCCAAUCAAAGAGUGAUAUACCGAGUUGGUUCACACUUUCACAGGAGGUGAAACUCAAAUAUUAUUGUUUUGAACGUACGAUGAUGUUACAUCCAGUGAGUGGGGCACAUUUAUACAUUCGCUACGCCACUCGUGAUUAUGGUAUGCAGCGUGAGGAAGCUUAUGAACGGUGGUCUGCACUCUCAGAUUUACAAAGAGCCGCAUUAAAUUUUUGUUUCUAUUCACCAAUCGCAGAACCUCCACGGGGAACAUCCGCAUUUCGAAGAUUUUACAUUAAACAAUGUUUUCGUCACGGUCUUGUGGUGUCUGGGAAAGCGUCUGGAAAUCAUGCCUUCUUUCUGCGUACAAAGAAAUUGUGGAUGAAUAUGAAUGCGGAUGAACGGGCACAGUUUGAUGAUACCGACUCCUUCGCAUCUGUGUUUCCACUACAACCCACAACUUCUAUAGUGAAAAAUGGACGUACAACUUCAGACACAAAUCGUGUUUCUUCUUCUUCUUCUUCGGCUACUGCUGUGAUAAGUUCCAACUCUCUGGAUGAUGAGGAUGAGGAUGAUGUGACUGUUGGGGACUCCUACUACUUUGAAGAUGAACCUAUCGACGAUAGUGAUGAUCAUUUAGAAAGUCACAUUGUCAAAGCACAUAAAAUGACACCUCAGAAGAAGGAAGUACAUGCUGUUUUUACUGUCUAG